AUGUUUCAUGCUCAAGGAACUGCAAAACACACCUGUUGCAUGCUUGCAGUUUUAUCUGGGAGAAAUUCAAAUAAUAACAACGAUUAUGAUGUUCAUCGCACUGCCUUCAAUUUCCCCUUUCCAGAGAUCACUUCUUCUGGACGUUUAGAGGUUCAAACAUUAAACAAUCCUACCACCGACGAAUUCCGUAAGGUUCUGGAUUCUGUACAACCAAACAUCGUUUAUUUUCAAGGAGAAAGGCUUCCAAACGAUGAAGUUGGAUCUCUAUGGGAAGGUGCUGAAGACUUACCCGGACUCUUUGGUUCGUAUUUGCCCACAACAGUCUAUUUAGAAUUCCCAGAUGGUGAAGAAGUAGCAGAAACACUCCACUCAAAGGGGAUUCCUUAUGUGAUAUAUUGGAAGCACUCAUUUUCAUGUUAUGCAGCUUGCCAUUUUCGUCAUGCACUAUUUUCAGUCGUACAAAGUUCAUCUAGCCAUACAUGGGAUGCAUUCCACCUUGCACAUUCAUCUUUCAGACUAUAUUGUGUAAGAAACAACCUCGUUGGUCAAUCUGAAAAAGUCAACAUCAAAUUGGGUCCAAGUCUUCUUGGUGAUCCACCAAAGAUCAAUGUCCCCCCUCCUGAAGCACCAGGGGGUGAAGAUGACGAAGAGAAAUACCCCGAGGACCUUCCUGCAAUUAAAAUAUAUGAUGAUGAUGUGAAUGUAAGGCUUCUUGUUUGUGGAUCUACAUGCACUUUGGAUGCUUCUUUAUUGGAACCUUUAGAAGAUGGACUUAAUGCCCUCUUAAGUAUUGAAAUGCGUGGGUGUAAACUUCACAAUCGAGUUAGUGCACUUCCUCCACCCCUCCAGGCUGGCACAUUUUCAAGAGGUGUUGUCACAAUGAGAUGUGACAUUUCAACUUGUAGCUCUGCAUAUAUCUCACUUUUAGUGUCUGGAAGUGCACAGACAUGUUUUGAUGAUCAGCUUUUGGAGAAUCAUAUAAAAAGUGAAGUCAUUGAAAAAACUCAAUUAGUUCAAGCAAUAUCAAACUUUGAAGAAAAUAAGGUUUCUUUAUCUGAGCCUCGUGGGUCCGCUUCAAUAGCUUGUGGGGCCACAGUAUUUGAAGUUUCCAUGAAAGUCCCUUUAUGGGCUUCACAGAUUUUGAGGCAAUUAGCACCAGAUGUUUCAUACAGAAGUUUUGUUGCACUUGGUGUUGCAAGUGUUCAAGGGUUAGCAGUUGCUUCAUUUGAAAAAGAUGAUGCAAACCGAUUACUUUUUUUUAGUAAAAAUCAAGAAAACAAUUCCCAUUUGAACAUAAUCACCCCUCCAAUUCCCACAUGGAUGAAACACCCACUUCCAAGUAGAAAAAGAUCCUUCACAAAUCAAGAAAUGGGUCCCGGUGUUCGUGUUAAUAAUAAUGGUCUGAUUCCGGGGAUCAAAGGAAUGGAAUCAGUAAACGGGAAUGUAAUCAGACAGAAACCAAAAGUGGCUGCAUUGAGGCCAAUUCCACACAUUCGACACCAAAAAAUGUUACCUUUUGCUGGGAUUUCAGAGGUAAAUGGACAUGAGUUUGGAGGACAAGUGAAGACAAAUGUUUCAUUAGCACCCUCCAACAAACACAAUAGUGCAGGAUCAGCCCCUGUGACUCAUCGGAAGUCAUUAUCUAGCUCUUAUCAAGCAAAACAGUUAAUUUCAUUAAACCCCCUUCCAUUAAAGAAACAUGGUUGUGAUAGAAGUCCAAUUCAUGUUUGUUCCGAGGAGGAGUUUCUGAAGGAUGUGAUGCAGUUCUUGAUACUUCGAGGGCAUAAUCGUCUUAUUCCUCAAGGUGGACUUGCUGAGUUUCCUGAUGCAAUACUCAAUGCAAAGCGUUUGGAUCUUUAUAAUUUAUAUAGAGAGGUGGUUUCAAGAGGUGGCUUUCAUGUUGGCAAUGGAAUCAAUUGGAAAGGGCAGGUUUUUUCAAAGAUGCGGAACCACACAGUUACCAAUAGAAUGACGGGUGUUGGAAAUACACUUAAGAGACAUUAUGAAACGUAUCUUUUGGAAUAUGAAUUGGCACAUGAUGAUGUGGAUGGGGAGUGCUGCUUGUUGUGCCACAGUAGUGCAGCCGGUGAUUGGGUGAACUGUGGGAUAUGUGGUGAGUGGGCCCAUUUUGGUUGUGAUAGAAGGCAGGGUCUUGGUGCAUUUAAGGAUUAUGCAAAGACAGAUGGAUUAGAGUACAUAUGUCCUCAAUGCAGCAUCUCUAACUUCAAGAAAAAAUUACCCAAAACGCCCAACGGAUAUUCUUGAACAAUUGAAAUGAUUCUUACUUGUAAUUUUUUUUUUUUUUUUUUUUUUUCUUUUUUUUUUUUGCUCUUGUUAUUCUAGGGUAUGUUUGUAGUAUGUCUACAUGGGGUUUAAAAGCCCAUUUGUUAUGAGGAAAGAUAGGAGAAGGGGAGUGGAUUGGUUGGUUUAAUGAGGGGUAUUCGUGUAAUAUAUGUAUAUUUUUGGGCAUAUUUACCAUUUUGUAGUAGUUGUAGUAUCUCAUAUCAUGUUCUUAAUUCUUAUAUAAUAGUGCAUGUAUUUUAACUACUCUCAAAAUGUCCAUGGG